AUACCCUCCGUUAGGUUUGAGUUUCAUGUUCUCUCGUGCCGAAGACAGAAGAAUCGAUUUUUUUGAUAGAUUGGUGAGGAAAUGUGAGAUCCAGAGCUCGAUUUCUGCUGUAAGAUCCAUGUCUCUCUUUGACAUUCCUGGUGGAAAAUCAUGUAAAGGGUGAUUUUAAUAGGGUUUCUGUGACGAGGCUGUCUCCUUUUCUGAUUCCGAGUGGAAAAUGCCAGCUCACGGGUUUUCUCCGAAAUCGGAGAACAAUGCGGCUAUCAAGCAACAACGAAGGGAUCCUUAUGAGGUUCUCGGGGUUUCUCGGACCGCCACGGAUCCGGAAAUUAAGAGUGCCUACCGAAGGAUGGCUCUCAAGUACCAUCCUGAUAAAAAUGCAAAUGAUCCUAAAGCAGCUGAUAUGUUUAAGGAGGUCACAUUUUCCUAUAAUAUUCUUUCCAAUCCAGAUAAGCGGUGUCAGUAUGAUAUGGCUGGUUUUGAGGCUAUUGAAUCAGAAAGCCAAGACUUGGAGUUGGAUCUUUCGAGUUUGGGAGCUGUCAACACUAUGUUUGCUGCACUUUUUAGUAAACUUGGUGUGCCAAUUAAGACCACUGUGUCAGCAACUGUCUUGGAAGAAGCACUCAAUGGAAUGGUGACUAUUCAUCUACUUCAGUUGGGGAAACCCUUGGUUAAGAAGGUUGAGAAACAGUGUGCUCACUUCUAUUCUGUAACAAUAACAGAACAGGAAGCACAAGCUGGAUUUGUGUGUCGAGUGCAAUCACCAGAUAAAAGCAAAUUCAAGCUUUUGUACUUUGAGCAGGAAGAUAAUGGUGGAUUAAGCCUCGCAUUACAGGAGGACAGUGCAAAAACAGGAAAGGUCACAUCUGCUGGGAUGUAUUUUCUUGGUUUCCCUGUUUACCGGUUAGAUGAAUCAAUGCAUAUGAUGGCAAAUGCAAAGGAUCCUGAUGCUGCCUUCUUCAAAAAAUUGGAUGGAUUUCAUCCAUGUGAAAUUACUCAACUGAAAGCUGGCACCCAUGUCUUUGCUGUCUAUGGUGACAACUUUUUUAAAAGUGUAAGCUACAGAAUAGAAGCACUUUGUGCUGCACCUUUUUCAGAAGAAAAGGCAAAACUAAGGGCUGUGGAAGCUGAAAUUCUGACUAAGAGGGCAGAGCUUGUUAAAUUUGAAACUGAGUACCGAGAGGUCCUCACACAAUUCACAGAGAUGACGAGUAGAUAUGCACUAGAAAUGCAGUCGAUUGAUGAGCUUCUUAAGCAAAGGAACACAAUCCAUGCUGCAUACACAACUGCUCCACCUCUAAAGCGAAGUUCAUUUAGUAGCAAGGUCAGAGGUUCCUUCAAGGAGUCUAAAGGGGAAAAUCAGCAAGCAAAGGAUAAGAAGCCUGCAAGGGAUAGGGCGAAAAAGAAGAAAUGGUUCAAUCUCCACUUAAAGGUGGACAAGAGGAAGCCUUGCUGAAUACUAUCUUCUGGGUGCAGGUGUUGUGGCUGGAAGUUUGAUACUCCCUCCUUGCCCAGCCUGUAUUUUUCGUCAAUAGGGUGGAGACAAAUCUUUAGGGCUCGGUCUACGUUACUUUAGCUUGUAUAGGAUGUCAAUGCUUGUUAUAUUAUUCUUACUUUAUUCUUUAUCUUCA